AUGUAUAAAGCCUUCAAGCUGAGCUACGACAGUUUAGAGAAUGAUUCCAUAAGAGAAUGCCUCUUGUGCUGCGCUUUGUGGCCUGAAGAUUAUGAGAUCAACACAUUCGAUCAGUUGAUACCGUGUUGGAUAGGUUGCAGCAUAAUCCAUGAAUUUAAUGUGAUCAAUGAAGCUUUCGCCAAAGGAUGCUCUCAUUUGGAAUCUCUCAUGGCAGCAUCCUUGCUAGAGGAAUGUAUUCCAAAGGGCAGACCUCUUCAUUGGUACGGCCCGUGUGUAAAGAUGAACGAUGUCAUCCGAGACAUGGCACUGUUGAUGGUUUCUGGGUUGGAGGGGAACAAAAGAAAAUGGAUUGUAAAAGCAGGAAUCGGGUUGAGUGAUUUGCCUAGACAAGAAGAAUGGCAAGAAGCAGAGCGAGCAUCAUUCAUGAUGAAUAAGAUCACUUCUUUACCAGAGUAUGAAGCUAAUUUCACUUCUUCAAAACUUUCUAUGUUGAUUCUUUGUCAGAACGAAGGCUUGAAAAUAAUUCCUUCGAGUUUGUUCGCAAGUAUACCUCGCUUAACUUACUUGGAUCUCAAUAGAUGUCGUAUAAGAGAGCUUUCUAUGGAGAUUUGUAGCUUAAAUGAGCUUCAAUAUUUAGACUUGUCCUCCAAUCUUAUUACAAGUCUGCCGGCCGAGUUUGGUUGUCUCAGUAAAUUAGAGUACUUGUUUCUAAAAAAUAAUAAAAUUAUGACGGUACCCUAUGGGACGAUAUCCAAUUUAUCAAUGCUCAAGUGGCUGGAUGCAACUACUGAGUGGUGGUGGGAUGAGCUGAAAUGUUUCAAAGGACGCCACCAAUUGAGUGUGAGAAUUUACAUUAAGGCUACGACAGAUAACAUUGAGCAACUUAACAUGUUACCAAAUGUCUCUGUAUGGGAACUUCAUUUGGAUGGAAAGAAUAUUUCAGAACUUCCAAACUAUGAUCUGGGCACUCCACAAUGGGGUUGUAGGGUAAGUGACAAUCUUGAGUCUCUGAACAUUAGAAGUAUCAGAUUAGAUAGAUUAGUGUUGGCUACUGGCAUGGAUGGUGAAUCAAGUUUUGGAUGUUUAAAGAAACUCAAUUUUUUUGCCUUAGAAAUAUUGGAAGAGAUUUCAUUGAAUAGAGUUCUGACUCUACAACCUUCGUGA